CGCCACCAAUUCAUCAGCUUCUUCUUCUUCUUCUUCAUCCCUUUUCUCUAGCUUCUUGAACCCAAUAAUUAUAAUCGUCACUGUCUGGAUAAUAAUAAUUUACAUGGCCCCAACUCAUCGCCAUACAUCUGCGACGCUGCUGCUUCAUUUCUUUGCCGCCGUCGUGAUCUUAAGCGGCGGUGGAAGUGUUGAUGCCGGCGGGAGAGAGGUUCGGUUGGGAAGGAGGAAUCUUAUUUCCAAUGGACUUGGUCGUACGCCACCUAUGGGAUGGAAUAGUUGGAACCAUUUCCACUGCAAUAUUGAAGAGCAUUUGAUCAGGGAAACAGCGGACGCUAUGGUUUCAACUGGACUCGCCGCAUUAGGAUAUCAAUACAUCAACUUGGAUGAUUGUUGGGCUGAGCUUAACAGAGAUUCUCAGGGGAAUCUAGUUCCUAAAGCUUCAACAUUUCCAUCUGGAAUCAAGGGUCUGGCAGAUUAUGUCCAUUCCAAAGGCCUCAAACUUGGAAUUUACUCCGAUGCUGGGAACCAGACAUGUAGCAAGAAAAUGCCAGGAUCGCUAGACCAUGAAGAACAAGACGCUAAAACUUUCGCUUCCUGGGGAAUCGACUACUUGAAGUAUGAUAAUUGUAACGACGAUGGCACGAGUCCGAAAAUCAGAUACCCAGUGAUGAACAAGGCACUAAUGAGGACUGGAAGACCUAUCUUCUUCUCUCUAUGUGAAUGGGGUGUGGAGGACCCUGCAACUUGGGCCAGCGGCAUAGGAAAUAGCUGGAGGACAACAGGGGACAUCAAUGAUACUUGGGAAAGAAUGACGAAACGUGCCGAUACGAACGAUCGAUGGGCAGCUUAUGCUGCUCCAGGAGGCUGGAAUGAUCCAGAUAUGCUUGAAGUUGGGAACGGAGGGAUGACAACAGACGAAUACCGAUCACAUUUCAGCAUAUGGGCUCUCGCCAAAGCUCCUCUGCUUAUCGGGUGCGACGUUCGGUCCAUGAGCAAAGAAACUUAUGAGAUUCUAACCAAUAGCGAAGUGAUUGCGGUGAACCAAGAUCAACUUGGAGUGCAGGGGAAGAAGGUUAAGAAGGAUGGAGACCUAGAGGUAUGGGCUGGUCCGCUCAGCAAAAACAGAGUGGCGUUGGUGCUGUGGAACAGAGGUUCUUCCCCUGCGACGGUUACUGCACAAAUGGCCGACGUUGGUCUCUCUCCGUCCACCAUUGUUGAUGUCAGAGAUUUAUGGGCUCACUCGACGUUGGCAUCAGUGACGGGACCAAUUUCGGCGUACUUGAUGCCUCAUGGUAGUAUGAUGUUUGUACUCACUCCCAAGUCAUAAGCAAUAAGCAUAUCUAAUGGGAUUCCUCAACAAUAAGGACUACAUAACUGGCUCGCCUUUGUGGUUGAGAGUCUUCUUUCUAUGUUAUAGAUCGAGGGUAAUCAGUUUUAAGUUGCACUUGACUUUGUUAGUAGUUCUCAUUUUGGUAACUCACGGUUUUUCUUUAUCAUCCAACAAUACCACGAUUUGGUACUUCCGAAUAAUUUUAGGGUGUAUUUGGAUACGGGGAUAUCAAAGGAAUUUUGUUUAAAGUAGCACGGUUACUAACAACAAUUCUCACAAUGCUAAACUUAGGGACGAUGAUUUAACGUUAAAUUGCUCCAGGGAUAAGUAAUAAACCUUAGUCGUGUUG